ACGCUUGCCGCAGCAUAGUUCAAGUGAAUAGGACCUUUCAGCGGUGUUGUUUUCGCGCGUUUCGGAGAUAUUUUUGCUGUACCACAUUGAUCACGUGGCCUGGUACGGAUUCGAACUAUCGAAAUGUUCUGGCGAAUCGUGAAAAUCACUAGCCUUGCCGCUAUACAAACGGUGAUUGUAAAUGUACUUCUGUUGAGUCAAUUUUCCUUCCAGCCUGCCUUGUACUGGAUGUUGCUUGGAAUUUCCUUCCUAAUCGCUCUGGUAUUGCUGACACGCAGUAAAGGUGUUAGAUGCGUGUCAAUGCUCUUAGUUCCACAAUUCCUAAGCAAACGAGGCCGUGCCGCACUGAUCGGAUACAUAUUUCUACUAACGGUUACGGGACCAACCGCCAACACGAUGCACAAUGUGGAAGUUUUGGGGGAAACGUUAAGCUGCACCCAGCAACAGCUAAAGAUGGCCAUCCGGGAUACAAUUGGUGCACUGAAGGUUCCUUUCCUGGCGAUGAAACAAAUCAUUGAUGAGCUGUUAAAAACUGUGGAGCAAUGCUUUAUGAAGGUGCAAAGAACAAUGAUGGAAAUGUUGAAGUUGGUUAAACGAAUACUUCACUCUAUUAAGAGUGCAUACGAAUGGCUGCGUGACAUAGUAUCCGUUUGCAAUGAUAAACUGGGAUCACCUUCCGAACGUUGCACGCAAGCAUUGGAUCAAACGAUCGAAACUUGUAAAGAGGAAAUGGGCAACAUGGACUUCCUGUGUGAAGUGACACAGGUCGGCAAAACGAUCUGCUAUGGUGCAAAGAUGGUGGACUAUUUUUGUGAGCUUAUAGAUUUUAUAAGCGAUGCUGUUAUAGAGGAAAUUGAACAGGGCAUUCAAAACCUGAUGCAAAAUUUGGAGGAACUCUUCCGGGUGAAGGUGGAGUAUGAUCAUACGUUUGAUUUUGCAACCAAUGCUUCGAAAACGUUUGCUGAAGUAGGUGCAGAAAUAAGGCAGGAGAUUGUGGACCGAACUCUACCAUUACGAAGAACGUUCAACUUUCUCGGAAUGGUUACUAGUGGCUUCUUUGUGUGUAUAGUUUUAAGAGCUAUUCGUUAUAGGAAGCGGUACCUGAAAAAAGAUCAUUUUGAUAACAACUUCCUAACUGAAGAUUUCUACAACAUAGAAAAUCGAAGAUUGGAAUUAAACAUUGAAACCGUAUUUCCAUUGACACGCAAAGAAAGCCAUCGUUAUGUGCCUUUAACAUCGUUCCAUCUGACAUGGAAGGAACGCUUUCGUAUAGCAAAAUCCUUAACCUUUCUAGUGAUCUCUACCGUUCAGAUAUGUGGCCAAUUAGCGGCAGAUUACGCACUCUACUGGUUGCUAACGUUAAUCAAACAUUUUAUGCACGAAGGCUCGAAUCGCAUGAAGGGAUCCUCAGCCAGUGCCGUACCUCCACCGCUAGUAGGAGUAAGUGGAGAAGGCAUACUCGCAGAUACAUUGCGUGAUAUCGUGCGUUCGUUCGAACCGAUUAUGAACGGAACGGCGAUUGAUCCUUCCCAAUGUAUUCCCGAUGCAUCCGCGCCAAGGUUUGGUCGCUACGGUCAAAUCGGAACGUUAUUGGUGAUCUGUUGGUGCUUUGCGUUUAUUGAACCGUACGGGUUGCGCGUUAGACAACUUGUAAUGCGACGAUAUUAUCCUGCACGGGCACGUGCACGUGCGAUCUGGCUGUAUAAUGACAUUCUGUUGAAGAGAGUACAUUUAUUAAAGGUUCUAAGAAUGCACCUCACUGGAGCGAAGGAUCGUAACCAACGGGCAAGCGUGAAUUGGAUGGAUGUCGUACGGGCGAAGACUAAUCGCUAUUGGAUCUGGCGAAUGGUGUUAGGCCAGGGAGGAACUGUACGAUGUAUUUUGUGUGGCGAUGUGUUGCAAGAGAAUGCGGAUCCAAUUGUUAGGUGUUCUCGUACCGAAUGUCCUGGAAUUUACUGUCAGGAUUGUUUGCUAGAAACUGGUAACAACUGUUCACUUUGUUUGGAUGUUCUGAUGUCGGAAGCUAGAGAGUUAGAUGAAAUAUAUUUGGAAUAGUUUUAGUAUUGUAUUAGUAUUUCUUAAGAUCAUAAACUCGAUCAGUAAUAUGUUUGAGUUUUCUUACAGAACGAUGAAUCAGAAGAAUUCUUCCAUUGUUUUAUUCGUACUCGCUUUAAGAGGUUCUUAAGGACAUGUGGACGCAGUAGUACUCUGAUGCGCUUUGAUUUAGUGUUAUGGUUUAUUUGUGGUAUGUCCAGAAAAAGCAGCAAUAACCAGGCAUUAUACAGGGAAACCAGAUUGCAGAGAGCCCCAAUAGUUUGGCGUAAAUUUGAAACAGUUUCUGAUCACUUCAAAUAUCAGAUCUCAAACGAACGAUAGUUUGGAGAUACUGAUAACGUCAUUCG